CAAUUCGAAUAGAGAUACAAAACGACGCAGAAAAGAGUGUAGUAUAAGAGAAUCAGAAGACAGACAGUUUGAAGAAGAAGAACAAAAAAAAAAAGGAUCAGAAAAUAAAUGGAACGAUAGUAAAAUCCAAGAUUUCGCAGUUUCUCGAAAACAAUUAUAAUAGUCGAAUAAGGAAAAAAAUAUAACAUGUGACGAAUCCGAUCUUUUCCCUUGUUUUGCUCCUUGUUUCCUCACUCUCUGUGCCAUGAGAUUUUUCUCAGAGGUUCUCUCGGGAUAAAGAAGAACAUCUGAGAAGAUUCGAGAGAGAGAGAGAGAGAUCUGAACUUUGUAUCCGAUGGCAUUGCGAAGAGCUUAUGGAGCCCUAAAAGACACCACCAAAGUCGGCCUCGUCCGAGUCAACAGCGAUUACGCCGCUAUAGAUGUUGCCAUAGUCAAAGCUACUAACCAUGUCGAGUGUCCUCCCAAAGACCGGCAUCUCAGGAAGAUUUUCGUUGCAACAUCAGCAACUCGGCCUCGAGCAGAUGUUGCUUACUGCAUUCACACUCUCUCCAGGCGAUUGCAUAAAACCAGAAAUUGGACGGUUGCUCUAAAAUCACUGCUUGUUCUACACCGGCUUCUGAGGGAGGGCGAUCCCACAUUUAGAGAGGAGCUAUUGAAUUUUUCCAAGAAAGGACGCUUCCUGCAGCUUUCUAAUUUCAAGGAUGACUCUAGCUCGACCGCCUGGGAUUGUUCAGCGUGGGUACGCGCCUAUGCAUUAUUCAUCGAGGAACGGCUUGAAUGCUUCAGAGUUCUGAAAUACGACAUUGAGGCUGAACGUCUUCCUAAAGUGUCCCCAGGGCAGGAGAAGGGGUAUAGCAAAACAAGGGAUCUAGAUUCUGAAAAGCUCUUGGAUCAGCUACCAUCUUUACAGCAGCUUCUGCAUCGUCUCAUUGGUUGUAAGCCUGAAGGUUCUGCUAAAAGCAAUCAUAUCAUACAGUAUGCACUCGCUCUGGUGUUGAAGGAGAGCUUUAAAGUGUAUUGUGCCAUCAAUGAAGGAAUUAUCAAUCUUGUUGAAAAGUUCUUUGAAAUGCCAAGACAUGAGGCCACCAAGGCCCUUGGAAUAUACAAGCGCGCGGGUGUGCAGGCUGGCAACCUUUCUGCUUUCUAUGAAGUAUGUAAAGGAUUAGAACUUGCAAGGAAUUUUCAGUUUCCUGUUUUAAGAGAGCCUCCGCAAACUUUUCUUACGACUAUGGAGGAGUAUAUGAGAGAUGCACCUCAAAUGGUUGACGUCUCAUCUGGGCCACUGCUUCUGACGUAUAGGCCAGAUGAUGGGCUUUCUGGUGAACAUGAACCAUCAUUGCCUUCAGAUGGUACUGUUGCUCCCUCGGAGGAGACACAACCUUCUCCCCAACCUCCUGCUUCAGCAGAAACUCCACAGAAUAUCAUUGAUACAGAUGAUCUUUUGGGUCUGAACAAUAAUGAUCCUGAUCCAUUAGAAAUCCUGGACCAAAAUGCACUUGCUUUAGCGUUAGUUUCUACUGAAGAUGAUUCUUCGAUGUUUGGUUUUGGUCAAGCAAGAGAUUUGGAUGCGUUAGGAUGGGAGCUUGCCUUGGUUACAACAACUAGCGAAGAUAAAUCCUCAGCCACGGAGAGGCAAUUGGCGGGUGGCUUAGACACGCUCACCCUGAACGGCUUAUAUGACGAUGGGGCCGCUCAACAGCCAGCUUACGGCGCUCCAGCUCCCAAUCCCUUUGAGGUCCAAGACCCGUUUGCGUUGCCUGACAGCGUUCCACCGUCUUCAGCUGAAACCAACCCAUUCGGCCCCUUCCAGCCAACAACCUAUCAGCAGCCGCUGCUUCAGGCUGCUCCAAGCGUUGCGAAUCCUUUUGGUGAUUUUGAGGAAUUCCCAGUAAUCGCGGUUUCAGAACCGCAAAAGUCCACCGGUUUUGAGGAAUUUCCCGUAGUUGCGGUUUCAGAACCGCAAAAGACCACCGGUUUUGGAGAAUUUCCAGUAGUUGCAGUUUCAGAACCGGAAAAGGCCACCGGUUUUGGGGAAUUCCCGGUUAACGCUGGUGCUCAUCAGCAAUAUAAUAGCAACCCUUUCGGCGGCACUGGCCUCUUGUGAUCGCUUUAUUAUUGCCUUGUGAUUUUGAAUGUAAUGUUCCUAUGAGGUUAUUUGGGUCGAUGAGAUUAAAAGGAACCAUACUUGUAAAAUGAGUUUGAUACAAGCAAAAAGAAACUAGUUGACAUACACUUAAGAGAGUGAUUACAGGCAGAAUUUCCUUAAGACACAUAAAGAAAAAUUAGUCGCAG